AUGACUUUAUAUAUAGUAUCAGAAAUAAAUGGUGGUUUGAUAUAGAAUACUCGCUUACUUUAUUUAUUUAGUGUUGGAGACUUAAAAAGUCCUUUAAGUGAAAAAGUUUACUUUGAAACGAUUCAUUCAUAUAUGGUCAUGCUAAGUUUGAGCUCUAUGAAACAAUGA